AUGGCCGCGAACAACCCCAACAAUCCAAACACCAUUAGCCUUGAGCCGGAUGCUGGUCCGACCCAGAUUUCUCCGCUCGAACCUGACACCGCAAUUGAGGAUGGGCCACUCAUCGACGACGGCGAUUCGGCCAUCAGCAGUCUAGCAACGUCCACAACGUCCAUCAGAGACGAAUUGAUAUUGCAAUUGAAGGAGCACGGCCGCCAGUAUCAGGGCUAUAUGGAAGCCACCGACGCUCAUCCCGAGAGUGAGGUUAUUGGUGUUGAUCUUGCACCAGUUCAACCGGAAAACGUCCCUCCAAAUCUCAAUUUCGAAGUAGAUGAUCUGGAAAAAGACUGGACUUUUUCACGUAAGUUCAAUUACAUCCAUUGCCAGCUAAUGACUGGCGCCUUUCGAGACUGGCCUAGAUUUUUCAUGCAGAGCUUUCAAUAUCUGGAGAACGAUGGCUACCUAGAAGUCCACGACAUCGAUUUUGUGAUCAAGUGCGAUGACGGUACCCUCCCCACCAACUCAGCGCUCGUUCGAUGGCACAACUACAUGCAUGAUGCAGCUCAAAAAGCUGCCUUUCCAUUAGACGCAAUUUCACACGUCCCGGAGAUGAUGAAGACUGCAGGAUUUGUAGAUGUUGUGGCCACACCAAUUAAAUGGCCAAUCAACGCUUGGCCCAAGGACCCUAAGUACAAGGAGCUUGGCCGUGGCCACUACGAAACUCGCGACUGA